GGCUGCUUUUCCUUUUUGAUCCAUUCAAAAAUUACUCAUUGCAAAUUCCCGGACAACUCGGGAAGGAGAAGCCGGGGGGCGGAGGACAGAGAAGGCUGCAGCGUCUCAGUGUUGGGACUCCACCGCACAGCGGGCUGAGAUCGGUCCCACAGAAGCGGCCGGCCCGCGCCGAGCUCCCGGGGCCUCUCCAGGAAGCGUCAGUCUCCGCCCGGGGAGCUGGGAGCACCGCCCCCGCCGUCUUCCCGGGACCCCCAGCUCCUGCGCGCGGGCGAUGGGCGGCCACUGAGCGGACACACGGCACCGCGACCCCAGCCCUCUCCAUGGCCUCGCGCGAGGAGCUGUACAGCAAAGUCACCCCGCGCAGGGACCGCCUGCAGCGCCCGGGCACCGUCAAGCAUGGGUCGGCGCUGGACGUGCUCCUGUCCAUGGGCUUCCCCCGCGCCCGAGCACAAAAAGCUCUGGCAUCCACAGGAGGAAGAAGCGUUCAAGCAGCAUGUGACUGGUUGUUCUCCCAUGUUGGUGACCCCUUCCUGGAUGACCCCCUGCCGCGAGAGUAUGUCCUCUACCUCCGCCCAACUGGUCCAUUAGCCCAGAAGCUUUCUGACUUCUGGCAGCAGUCCAAGCAGAUCUGUGGGAAGAACAAGGCUCACAACAUCUUCCCCCAUAUCACCCUCUGCCAGUUCUUCAUGUGCGAGGACAGCAAGGUGGAUGCGCUGGGAGAAGCCCUGCAGACUACUGUCAGCCGUUGGAAGUGUAAAUUCUCUGCCCCGCUGCCCCUGGAGCUCUACACCUCCUCCAACUUCAUCGGGCUCUUCGUCAAGGAAGACAGCGCAGAGGUCCUCAAGAAGUUCGCUGCCGACUUUGCUGCAGAGGCCGCAUCCAAAACAGAAGUGCACGUGGAGCCUCAUAAGAAACAGCUGCAUGUGACCCUGGCGUACCACUUCCAAGCCAGCCACCUGCCCACUCUGGAGAAACUUGCCCAGAACAUCGACGUCAAGCUUGGGUGUGACUGGGUGGCCACCAUAUUCUCUCGGGAUAUCCGGUUUGCUAACCACGAGACGUUACAGGUGAUCUACCCCUAUUCCCCUCAGAACGAUGACGAGCUGGAGUUGGUCCCUGGGGACUUCAUCUUCAUGUCUCCCAUGGAACAGACCAGCACCAGCGAGGGCUGGAUUUACGGCACCUCGCUGACCACUGGCUGCUCGGGGCUGCUCCCGGAGAAUUACAUUACCAAGGCGGAUGAGUGCAGCACCUGGAUCUUCCAUGGUUCAUACUCCAUCUUAAAUACCGUGUCACCCAGCUCCCUCACAUUUGGUGAUGGGGUAUUGGAGAGGCGACAGUAUGAGGACCAAGGACUCGGGGAGACAACGCCUCUCACUAUCAUCUGCCAGCCCAUGCAGCCCCUGAGAGUCAACAGCCAGCCUGGGCCCCAGAAGCGAUGUCUCUUCGUGUGUCGGCAUGGGGAGAGGAUGGAUGUUGUGUUCGGGAAGUACUGGCUAUCCCAGUGCUUUGAUGCCAAAGGCCGCUACAUACGCACCAACCUGAACAUGCCUCAUAGCUUACCUCAGCGGAGCGGUGGUUUCCGAGACUACGAGAAAGACGCACCAAUCACUGUGUUUGGGUGUAUGCAAGCAAGGCUAGUGGGUGAAGCCUUGUUAGAAAGUAACACCGUUAUUGAUCACGUUUAUUGCUCUCCAUCCCUACGCUGCGUUCAGACUGCACAUAAUAUAUUGAAAGGUUUACAACAAGACAAUCACUUAAAGAUUCGGGUCGAGCCGGGCUUAUUUGAAUGGACAAAGUGGGUUGCUGGAAGCACAUUACCAGCGUGGAUACCUCCAUCGGAGUUAGCUGCGGCCAACCUCAGUGUUGAUACAACCUACAGACCUCACAUCCCAGUCAGCAAAUUAGUGAUUUCCGAAUCCUAUGAUACCUACAUCAGCAGAAGUUUCCAAGUGACGAAGGAGAUAAUAAGCGAAUGUAAAAGCAAAGGAAAUAACAUUCUGAUUGUGGCCCACGCAUCUUCCCUCGAAGCCUGUACCUGCCAACUCCAAGGCCUGUCCCCACAGAACUCCAAGGACUUUGUCCAAAUGGUCCGGAAGAUCCCAUACCUAGGCUUUUGUUCCUGUGAAGAAUUGGGAGAAACUGGAAUAUGGCAGCUGACAGACCCGCCCAUCCUUCCCCUUACCCAUGGACCUACUGGGGGCUUCAACUGGAGAGAGACCUUGCUGCAGGAAUAAGCUGCCUGAGCAACGGGAAGAACCGGCCUGUUGCAGAUGAGUCCUCAGGAUGUCCAGGAGCAGAGGGAAAGCCCAUACUGCAUUUGACGUGGACAGCUCAGAAUCAUUUCGCAUAUUUCUUUUCAUGCUUAGGGGUCUUACAGUGAGACUUGUGUGUCAAUGAGCGAAAGGCAUGAUUCAGGAGGAGAACAAAAUCCAUCUUCUCUGGACUUGCCUAGCUAGCAUGGCUUUGAAGAAUUGUCUUCCUAAGCUGGGCACCUGCUGCAGCAGAGACUACCACCCUUCUUCGGGCUAUGCAUGGCUAAAGAGCCUCACUCUUCUCGCAGAGAACUGCCCCUACCCUCAAGAGACGAGCAAGAGGAAGGACUGUGUCUCGAAUCCAACCAGGGAUGGGAUAGUCUUUUGUAUUCUAUUUGCAAGUUAGGCAAAGCCGUGUUGCAGAGUGCUUUGGUGGUUACUAGAAACCGUAAGACUAGUCCUCCGGUCGUAUUCCACCCCCAGCAGGCUUCAUUCGCUAGUGUGCAAGGCACGUGCUUAAAGACUCCACCAUUCAGCCUGGUCUUUCAUGCUUCUAUCUGUGAAAUGGGGAGAGAAGCACUUUUGCUCUCCAAAGCACUUUGAGAUACUCAGGGGGACAUAAAGAAAAUGUGUGAUGUAUUGAAUGGGAGGUACAGUGAACUGCAGAAUAUUAAUCAAGUUGAAACUACCCCUGUGGUAACCCAUGAACUGUGAAAGCUCUAAGCCAGUCUGAAUCAAGAUCUGUCUUUCCACCAGGCUCUGGACUGUGUCAAGCAGUUAAAAAGAUGGACAUCUGGACAGAUGUAUGUCUGAUUCAUUAUUUGGAUCAGCGAGAAACUCCUGUGCUAUAUGGAUAUUUUUAGAAGGUGUACCGAUGGUCAAGUUGUACACAUACAGUCUGUGUCAACUGUGGCAGAAUAUCCGUAGGCGAAACCAGUUCUAGGUUAUUUAAGGAAGCCAGGGGACUGACUUGGAUGAUGACAGUCACAGCUGCACUGUCCCUUGUGCUGUCCUCUUUAUUUGCUUCUCUGUGACAAUUUAAAACAGACGGGAGGAAGGACUGCUUGAAGGGAGUAGAGAGUCGCAGCCUGCCUGUGACUCUCAUCACGCCUACUUCAUGUAUUUAGAGAGAGAGUGUGUAUUUAAAAGAAGAAUAAAUGACAAUCAAGCCUAAACAUCACUUAUCAAUGUCUAUUUAAUUGUGUGAAUAGCCCCUAGGGCCACAGACAGUAGCCAGUUGUGAUUUUAUUCACGGUGUCCCGAGUAAGACGCUUAGAGAAAUAUGUCGUCAGCUUCACAUUUUGGAUAGAUAAACUGUGAUUCUUUUUUUUUUUUUUUUUUUUUGGAUUUUUGAGACAGGGUUUCUCUGUAGCUUUUGGUUCCUGUCCUGGAACUAGCUCUUAUAGACCAGGCUGUCCUCGAACUCACAGAGAUCCGCCUGCCUCUGCCUCCCGAGUGCUGGGAUUAAAGGCGUGUGCCACCACCGCCCGGCUAAACUGUGAUUCUUUUUUUUUUUUGGACUUUUCAAGACAGGGUUUCUCCGUAGCUUUUGGCUCCUGUCCUGGAACUAGCUCUUGUAGACCAGGCUGGCCUCGAACUCACAGAGAUCCGCCUGCCUCUGCCUCCCGAGUGCUGGGAUUAAAGGCGUGUGCUGCCACCGCCCGGCUUAAACUGUGAUUCUUGCCAGUAUGGAAAGAACACGGGCCCGGCUUCUGGCACGGAUGUAACUCUAUGGUGACGCAUUAAUUAUGUUGUAACCUUAAAAUACCUUGGAGGAAAGACUCUGUUUAAAAGUCUCAAAGGAGAAGUCACAGUGCAGCCACUGUAAUGUCCCCGUCACUCAUUCUUCUGGUGUUUGCAGUGUCGUGAACCCACUGUUCACUCGGAUCCCGAUGGUUCACCUCCCCAGAUUGGGCGCUCCCACUAAAUCAUCAGAUCUCCUUGACUCUAUAAAGAAUGUCAUGGACAGUGUCUGUGUUUCUGAAAAACAGUUCCUCCCAGCUUCUCCCCCAUCUCUCUCAGUUAUCUUGGUCUUAAGCAUCUAGGUAAAUGAAUUCUCUUGAUCAGGUCACAUCCCAUUGUCCUUAAUCCACUAUAGACAGUCCUGGGCAAUUUCGACAGAAUCAAAGAGGACAGAACCUGAAGAAAGUUUCUGAAGAACUUAAGUGGAAAACUCCUGAGUACAGAAAAGUUUAAUUGCCCAAAUUGUUUAUCAGAAUGGCUGGGUGGCCUAUAUUCAAUUAACAUCUUAUUGUACUCUUACCUACUUAAAAUAUUAAAUAUCAACUCCAGCUGAGCAAUCCGUCGAAUCUGCGUGUAGAGACAUGUGUUGUAUCGGGUUUCAUAUGGGUACAAAGGUUCUAGAUGGGCAGCAGACCCUGAGUUGAGGAGAGUUCUUUUUGAUCUGUGGCGCAUGUUUAUUAGCUCAGAUGAUAUUUGGGAGAAGGAAUGAGUUGGGGACAGACAGGGCAGAAAAAAGGAAAUUUUCAGCCCCUCCCCUUUUUGAUAAAUGUUGGAAAGCUAUCUGAUAUCUGAAAUACAGCAAGGGAGAUGAAAGGAAGGAAAGGGUUUGCUAUGGUAUUACUUGUCUGAACAGCGUGCUGCUUUCACAAGUGUGCGCAUGCUCCAGUCUUGUUCCUAGGUAGGGCUCUGUCCCUGUGAUUUCCUCUGUGGACUGACGGGGAUCCUUGUUGCAUGUUAAUGGACACACUGGGGCCCUCCUUUUCCCAGGCUCUCCUCACCAGCGCUGCUUGGCUGCGAGGAGCCCUUUGCGUCACCCCAGGGUGACAACAGCAUUCAGAUAAAUGUGUCUUUUCCCUUUGCAUUCAGAUUCAUGCGAUCUGAAUGGCUGAUUAAGCAGCCAUCUGAUGGCUGAGAGAGGUGGUUGUUUUUCACCCUGUCGUGAAAGGCCUGGGAGACUUUCUACUUCUUAUUUUAAUUAUAUUUUAACCAAAGAAUUAUUUUUAAAGUAACCUUAUAUUUGAAGGAUGAUUUUGCAAUAAAUAAAUUAAUUAAUUAAAAGUGUGCCUUCUGGAGCCAUGUGGGUUUGGUAAAUUGUUGUUGAUCAUUCUCUUGCCAGUUUUGUUUGGAAUACUUGUAGAUGGUCUUCCUGCCGUGUACAACACUGCCCUGGGUGUGUCUUUUCCACUCUACAAGCUGUAUUCCUGCAAAAAUGGAGUCUCUUAUUCCAGUUAUCUAAUGUCAUGGGGAAGUCAGUGAACACCAGGGAGAGGAGUUCCUAUCUCGCUGCCUUUGUAGAAAAGUUUGUCUCUGUGCUCCGAGAACGGCAUUCCUCUGUCCCCUAGGCACUGGCUUGGACUUCACAGCAAUGAUGAAUUGCUCUUUCGAAUCUAUGCUCAGUAUACUCGUGUGUCAGAAUACAGAUGAGCCUUCCCCUAAGCAGCACAGGGUCGGCACAGUCAACUGUACCAAAUUUGCCCAAGGUUGGAUAAUGGGACUCCUGGAGAUUUGCAUUUAAACUGUGAUCAGGCACAUGCCAAGAGGGGGUGGGGGAAGAAGGGUCUAGAUGGGCAAGGAGGGCAGGGGACAGCCUGACCUAAGCAUCUGUUUAGGUGAACAUCCAUGUGAUGGAGGCGGGGUUGCUAGGCAGGUUCUUUUCAUCUUUAAACACACAACUAAAAUGGAUUUGCUUUUGUAACACUUCGCCAUUGAUUUCUGGGAACGUGGCCACAGGCAUUGCCCCUCGACGCAAAACGAAAUAGCUGGACUGUUACAUACGUAAAGUAUUAGGUUUGCUUGUGUAGGUUGAACAUUAGAGUCAUUAAUAGUCAAACAAUAGACAUUCGGUUCUCUCAGUUUUUUGCCUGGUACUCCUUAACCGCCACUACUUGCACAGAAACUUUGCAGCUGUUCAGCUAUUGGUAGACUCCAUAGGAGAAACGUGUGUAAUGAAAACAAUGUAUACGGUUCUUUGGUUGCCACGGAGAUGAGAAGAGCAUCCCAAAGCCUUUGAGUUAUUCCUACGCCAUCUGAACCUGCUACAUUGGGAAGGCGUGUCCGUUUCUUUCUCACUUAUAAGACUUUUGUAUCACUUCUUUUCUAUGUGAUCCCAGUGUAUUUAUUGGGGGGGGGGUUGUAAUUACGAAAAUAGAAAACCAUGCCUUGCUGUACCGCCAAAUUCCUUGUACCCUACCCGCGGCAUUUGUGCUUGCUGGCUGAGAAGCUGAUCUUCCUGAUAGAGCUGUGACAGAUCGUGAUCAGUUCACCGCAUUCCAGGACCUUAUCCACUGGGGUGGUCCAUAGAUGAUGUAAUAAAAAGAAGCUGUGUCCUCAGUUG